AUGACUCGAAAAACCCUUCUUCGCUGCUUUGCUUCUUCUUCCUUAAACCCUUUCUGCAAAACCAAAUCCGUUUCAGUAACAAAUGGAGGACUGGGAGCAGUUUCAGCAUACUUUUACUCCGCUGGAACUGCUGCUAUUGAACCAUCUUCACCGUCCAAUUCAGUUAAUCAGGACACACUGUUCCAGAGGCUAAUGAGGGCUACGGAUCCCAAGAAUCCAAAUCAGAAAGAACCCGUUUCUCAAGUUCUGAAACGAUGGGUUGAUGAAGGUAGAGAAAUUGACAUCCGGAAUGUCCUCGAUUCCAUCAAAAUGUUCAGAAAAUUCCAGAGUUACGAACGUGCCCUGGAGAUUUCUGAAUGGAUUGGUAGCUUUCCUAAUUCAAAUUUAAGGAAUGGAAUUGGUGCAUUACACCUGGAUCUGAUUUAUAAAGUCCAUGGUCUGGAACAAGCAGAGAGGUAUUUUGAGAGCGCACCCGAUAAUUCAAAAGAUUCCCUUCUCUAUGGUGCUCUUUUGAAUUGUUAUGUGAAGGAGAAAUUAUUGGAUAAGGCAGAGCCCAUCAUGGAGAAGAUUAGAGAGUUUGGCUAUGGUGGGCACUUGUCCUACAAUGGUAUGCUGAACCUUUACUCUCAGUUGGGCAAGUGGGUAGAAAUGAUUUCUUUAGUGCAAGAAAUGGAAAGCAAAGGCAUUCAUUUUGACAGCAUCACAUAUAGUAUUCUGUUGAAUGCGUACGGAUCUACAAGUGAUAUAAUGAGAAUGGAUAAACUAUUGUUGAAGAUGGAAGCCGAUCCUUGUGUGGUUAUUGAUUGGUGGCCUUACUCUAUCUCCGCAAAAGGGUAUCUAAGAGCUGGGGACACCGCCAAGGCAGUAAGUAUGCUAAAAAAGUGUGAACAUAUGAUCGAGGCUAAAGAAAAAAGAGGUCUAAAACUCCAUAACAUAUGCCAUGCUUAUGAGGUUCUUAUGACUCAAUAUGCUAGUAUGGGAAAAAAAGAUGAGGUAGAUCGCAUUUGGAAACUGCACAAGAAACCUAUGAGGUUGCUUAAUAGGAGUUAUACUUGUGCGAUUUGUUCCCAUUUGAAAAUGGAUGACACUGCUGUUGCUCAAAAGUUGCUGAACCAAUGGUUUUCUAAAAAGGUAGUGUUUGACAUUCGGAUUCCAAACCUCCUUGUGGCUGCAUUUUGCAAGAAAGGCCAAAUGGAAGAAGCAGAGUCAAUUGUCAAAAAGAUCAUGGAGAGUGGAGCGAAGCCUUAUGCGAGCACUUGGCACUAUAUGGCAUCUGGUUAUGUAAGAAAUAAUCAGAUGGAGGAUGCAGUGAAGAUGACAAUAAAGGGAUUACGUGAACAUCCACGGUGGAGACCAGAUAUUCCUGUUUUGGCUUGUUUUGAGUAUUUAAAGGGAAAAGGAGAUAAUGGCACUGCUGAAGAGAUUUUAAGGUUGCUUGAAGAAGGCGGUGGAUUUGGUGCAGAUUUCAUAGACCUAAUUUCAAAGUAUAUGAGAAAGGGAGAUUCGUCUGUGCCGGCUCAGAUGGAGAACGGUGAAGAGAAGCUCUUAGACAAGGACAGCACUGAGAUGAACUUAGAAAGUGAAUCUUGA